GGGGCGGGGUCUCGGAUGGCCGUCUGGAGCAGUGGGGGAGGCGGCAACAUUGUUUCAAGUUGGACAAAUUGUCAAGGGCUGAGCUCUCCUUGCGUUCGAUCCCGAGCUGGGGCUGCGGUGCUCACCCGGGCCCCCACGUCCUCCGCUCCGAGUGUCGGGCCCGCUUUCGUCAGGGUUCCCGGGCCCCGCUCCCGGGGGCCUGAGCCGCCUCACUAGCGCUCCAUGGAGAACUUCCAAAAGGUGGAGAAGAUUGGAGAGGGCACGUACGGAGUGGUGUACAAAGCCAAAAACAAGUUGACGGGAGAAGUUGUGGCGCUUAAGAAGAUCCGGCUCGACACUGAGACCGAAGGUGUACCCAGUACUGCCAUCCGAGAGAUCUCUCUCCUUAAGGAACUUAAUCACCCUAAUAUCGUCAAGCUGCUGGAUGUCAUCCACACAGAAAAUAAGCUUUAUCUGGUUUUUGAAUUUCUGCACCAGGACCUCAAGAAAUUUAUGGAUGCCUCCGCCCUCACAGGCAUCCCUCUUCCCCUCAUCAAGAGCUAUCUGUUCCAGCUGCUCCAGGGCCUGGCAUUCUGCCAUUCUCACCGUGUCCUUCACCGAGACCUUAAGCCCCAGAACCUGCUUAUCAAUGCAGAGGGGUCCAUCAAGCUGGCAGACUUUGGACUAGCAAGAGCCUUUGGAGUCCCUGUCCGAACUUACACUCAUGAGGUGGUGACCCUAUGGUACCGAGCGCCUGAAAUUCUUCUGGGCUGCAAGUACUACUCCACAGCCGUGGAUAUCUGGAGCCUGGGCUGCAUCUUUGCUGAAAUGCACCUAGUGUGUACCCAGCACCAUGCUAAGUGCUGUGGGGAACACAGAAGAAAUGGAAGACACAGUCUCUGCCCGCUGUGCUCCUAUCUAGAAGUGGCUGCAUCACAAGGAGGGGGGAUGACCGCAGUGUCUACCCCAUACCCCGUGACCCGCAGGGCCCUAUUCCCUGGAGAUUCUGAGAUUGACCAACUCUUCCGGAUCUUUCGGACUCUGGGGACCCCAGAUGAGGUGGUUUGGCCAGGAGUUACUUCUAUGCCUGAUUAUAAGCCAAGUUUCCCCAAGUGGGCUCGGCAAGAUUUUAGCAAAGUUGUGCCUCCCCUGGAUGAAGAUGGUCGGAGCUUGUUAUCGCAAAUGCUGCACUAUGACCCCAACAAGCGGAUUUCAGCCAAAGCAGCCCUGGCUCACCCUUUCUUCCAGGAUGUGACUAAGCCAGUGCCCCACCUUCGACUCUGAUGUCUUUCCCAAAGCCCUCUUCACCUGUGGUCUGACUUGACCCUGGGCCUUUUGGACACAGGUCAGCCUUCUGCUGUUUUCUGGCUGUCUUAGCACUCGCCUUUUCUCUUGCCAGCCAGUUCUGGGGAUUCAGAGGUGCAGGGAAGGGUUAGGGGAAAAGGGGAGAGGUUUUGGCAUUAGAUGCACUUAACCUGGCUUCCACCAGCUUCUCUCCCUCUUCUCAGUCAUUACUGAGAAGGAUUGGUAUUCAAAGCAAAACUGACAGUUUUCCCCUGUGUCAGGUUUUGCCAUCCCAAUGUUAAGACUGUCUCAUAAUUACCAUGUCGAGGGAAACGCUCCCAGACUCCUGCUGCCACUGUUUUGUGAACUAAUGAGCAUGAGCAGAAGCCUAAGUUGGGACAGCUCAGAACCAAGCAGGAGGGGGCCGUUUUAAUAAAUUAGAUUGAAAAAUAGACCUAAGCUGUUUGUACCUUAGUUUUAGCGUUUGGCCUCACCUAGCAAUCAAGGGCCCGGUUGGAGAAGCAGAAGAAAUGAUUCCCUCCAGUGCCCUGUCUACCUUCCCCAGGCAAGAAGAGCCAGGAGGGCACAAGGCUUGCGCUUCACUCUGGUCUGUUCAUCGUGGUUCACAGGGCAAGGUGAAAGACACUUGAAUUUCUCUUUUUAGCAAUCUUACUGUUUUCUGGUGCUGACGGCUAAACCCGGGACCUUGCCCUCACUAAGCAAAUGUACCACCAAUGAGCCAGAUUCCCAGCCCUCCUUUUGGAAGUUCAGUUCUUCACUUUUCAGAGGGCCUUGUUACCACCCUCCUCUGAGAGCCACCCUUCCCCCCUGGAGGGAUGCCAGCCAGGAGACAUCAUUUUGAAAAUGCUGAUACUUUUUAAAGGCUUUGACCUGGUUAGGUCAUUGGGGGAAAUUUUCUAUAAAAGAGUGAACAGUUAUAUUUAUACUUCAAGUUAAAGUAGUUUGGAUACUUCAGUGGUUUUGUUGUUGUUUCUUCUUUUUCCUUUUUUUUUUUUUUUCCUUGUCAGUGUGGAUGGACUUGUUGCCAUGUGCACUUUCAGAUUUUGUAAUUGUUAAAAGAAAAUAUUUCUUUUAUGAUUUUCUUCACCCACCCCCUGUCCUCCAGUGUUCUGUUAAUAUUAUUUGUAAUUUAGUUUGUAAAUUCAUUAAAAGAAAAUAUUCUCA